AUGUUUGACAGGCUACGGAUGAAAUGGAGGAGAAGGACCUGGCUCAGUCGCUGAGUCUUUUAAUUGAAAUGAAUGCAAGUGUUAUUGAAGUUAACAAAUUGGUGGAAUUGAUGAUGAGUCGUGCUAAAAAUAAUGAAUUAUCAACGUCCAAGGGUCUGAGCUUUUUAGAAACUAAGUACCACAUGUUACUGUCAUACCUCAUAAAUUUGACGUACAUUAUUAUAAAAAAGUGCUCGGGAGAGCAGAUCGAAGGAAGUCCGUCGAUUGAUCGUCUUGUUGAAAUAAAAACAGUGUUGGAGAAGAUUAAGCCGAUUGACUACAAGCUCAAGUACCAGAUCGAGAAGUUGGUGAGAAGUACCAUGAGCGUGGGCGAUGACAUGGAUCCGACCAAAUUCAAAGCCAACCCCGAGGCUUUUGCUGCCAAAAUUGACGACGAUGAUGAGGAUGAGAGUGAGAGUGAUGACCAGGAUGGUGAGGCCAAAGACUCUGAUAAAAAGAAAUCCAAGAAAGGCGUCUAUGUGCCACCUAAAAUCUCAGCUCAUCAUUAUGAUGGAGACGACACUAAGUUGGAGAAAAUACGUAAGGCUGAAGAACGAUCUCGCAGACAGGCUGUAUCGGGUGCUAUUUUACGGGAACUGAAAGAAGAAUUUCUCGAAACACCCAUGGAGGACAGUCUUGACAGGGAAAAGAAAAUAGACUUGAGUAAUGAGCACAAGGAGAAAAUCGAGUACGAGGAGACAUACAUGACGCGGUUACCGGUGUCUAAACAAGAAAAACAUCGCAAUCGUCAGAUGUCGACUCUUGGUACUCUUGGGGAUGAAAUUACGAGCUUUGGUGGUCCUUCUGCUGGGAAAAAACGUCGUGUGGGUAAAGAAAAAACCAAGAAACGUUUUAAGAAGAAGCGAAACUUCUAA